AUGCAUUUACGACUCGUUUUCUCAAAUGGAACUGUUCGUCCAUUGGAUUUCGACUUUCCUGUGAAUAAAUGGAAUUAUUGUCCGACUGACUGGAUUUAUGUGUUUUUAGUAGAACCGAACCUUAUUCUGUUAAAUUAUUUUAAUUUUUCGGAUGUUAAACCCGAAGUGAAUGGCGUUUAUCGAGAGAAUGGAGUUUUUGUAGACUAUUGGGGAAAUAUUAAAAAUACUUUUCGGCUUGGUUUUGGAUCACCAUACAACAGAAGAGUUACGAUUGGAUUUGGUCCUUCAAGCGGGAUAUUAAGAACCUACCAAUUACCUAACGGAAAUAUAGGAUGGAAAAGAUUCACAAAGCCUGAUGAAAACGGCCAAAUAUCGGAUGACGGGGAAGGUUCUUUCUACGAUAAAUCCAUAAAUGAAACUAUCAUUAAUUACAGAACAUUCACCUUACUUGAUGGAGGAUUUGGCUGUAUUAUGGUCACCCGAUAUAUAUUUCAAAGUCCAUUGGAAUUACAAGAUGCAACGUUUCCGCAAUGGAAUGUAUAUGUAUCAUUUUUGAGAUCUAGCAGCUCGAUUCCGACAAAACCUUUUAUUCAGUAUCAGACACCUAUACAACUAAUAAAACUGGAGUUUCAGCGAUGCGCAAUAGUUUUUGAUGGAACUGGAAAUGAAUGUUUUAUGAUAGCAUCGAUGAAUCAUACUGUUUUUAUGGAAACUCAAAAUCAAACAGCGACGAAUACAAGUAUUACCAUAAAUGAUAACGGUAACACAACAUCAGCAGAUCUAAACACACCUCUAAAAAUAUAUUCAAGUAUUCAAUUUAGAAGUCAAGGUUCUGUGACUGCCAUUCAAAAAUUAAAUGUUAGUCCUCCAAUAGAUUCUUUGAAUCCACUUUUCUACGGUGGAUAUGUGACAUUUGAAGUAACAAACAAGACAAAGGCAGGUGGUGUUAUGCUGAAUCGUGAUGGUAGCGUAAGAGAAAAAUGGACUUUUGAAACAUUUGCUAAUCAAUCAAAUGUGUUUCCUUUGAGUAAUACUAUAUGGGCUGCAAAAAAAGAUACAAUAGCAGCUAAAAAUUGGACAAUAAUAACAAAAACAUUUCCUAGGUUUAAAGCUUCAAAUGCUGAUGAACGUUAUCGAAAUCCAAAUAUCGUUAUUACAUUUCCAACAAUCGGAGCCGUUAUUCCAUCUAAUAUCGCACAAAUAAGCAUCACAUAUAGCGAACCUGUUACCUUAUCAUCCGGUAAUAUCACAAUAUAUCAAGAAGGCAAAUAUGGAUCAGCUGAUAUUUUUCGUCAAGGAGGAAAUCAAUUGUCUCAAUCUCUUCAAAUUAAUAUCCAAGAGAAAAAAGUCUCGAUUUCAGUUUUGGACUCCACUUUUAAUGUCCCAAAUGCUAUUUAUUAUGUGAUUGUUGACACGGAUUUCGUUCGUGAUUCUGAUACAGGUGAAGCAUUACUUGGAAUGGGUAAAGAAAGUUGGCGAUUUACUACUGAGCCAUUUAAAGCUGGUGGAGACGAUAAUGGUAGAAAAUCAGGAAUAAUCCGAUUGACGCUUGAGGGUACAAUAGAAUUCAAAAACUCAUUAAAGAGUAAUUCUUCUAUAUAUGAAGAUAUAUUAAGUGAGCUCGCAAAUGCGAUUUCAAUUUCGCGCAAAAGAUUCGAAAUAAAGAAAAAAUACCAAAUCGACGGUGAUCAAAUUCUUCUUCGAAUUACUAUUCUACCAUCAGAAAAUGAUUCCGAAAAUAACGUCCAACAGGUUAUGAGCAAUUUAAAGACUAUUAUAAAAUACAAGGAUAUUACGUCUAUUUCAAAAUAUAAUUAUACCGAGUGGUUGGACAGUAGUUAUGGGUUCCAGGAAUCAAGUAAAUAA